CGUUAGUAAAAAUGAGUGGACGAGGUAAAACCGGUGGAAAGGCCAGAGCUAAGGCCAAGACCCGCUCUUCUCGUGCUGGACUCCAGUUCCCAGUGGGUCGUGUCCACAGACUACUGCGCAAAGGCAACUACGCCGAGCGCGUGGGUGCCGGCGCCCCCGUGUACCUGGCGGCUGUGCUGGAGUAUCUGACCGCUGAGAUCCUGGAGUUGGCCGGAAACGCCGCCCGCGACAACAAGAAGACCCGUAUCAUCCCCCGUCACCUGCAGCUGGCUGUCCGCAACGACGAGGAGCUCAACAAACUGCUGGGCGGAGUGACCAUCGCUCAGGGAGGAGUCCUGCCCAACAUCCAGGCGGUUCUUCUGCCCAAGAAGACCGAGAAGCCCGGAAAGGCCAAGUAAAUGUGAACGGACCAACAUCCACAACGGCUCUUUUAAGAGCCACACACUCACUGAAAAAGGACAACUUCUGAUAUUGUCAUCAACCAAAAACAAAUUAAAAUUUAUAUUUGUUUCAUUUGAACAUGAGUUCAAGUUUUUAUUCCUAUCAAAGUCAAUUAUUUUGUUGUAUGAACCAUAAUGUGUAAUUGUCCUCCCAAUGUGAAAUCAUUUAUUGCAUGAGAUUUUUUUUGUUUUUAAUACACGAGCGACGUCGUUCUGCCUUUGAAACAACUAGACAAUACAGAUGUGUUUGCACAUCCAGUUGUACACAGUCAAGGUUUCAUAUAAAAUCUGAAUUAAAAGGUCUGAAGCAUUAAAUGUACAGUAAGUGUUUGAAUGUGUAUUGUACAGACAUUGUUUUCUGCUCCCUCAACAGU